CCCCACAUUACCAUCACCCGGGAGGGGGCUGAGCCACCCCCAGUACCACAACCCUCCUCCUCAUUCCCGGAUUUGGGAAGUCGGGCGGUUCCUCCCGGCUCUGUGGCCGCAGGGUGGGGGGGGCUCUCCCCGGUGUGGGGGCGCAGGGGCAGCCCCCCCACAGCCCCCCAGCCCCCCGUGCCGUGGCAGGUGGGGCGCUCGUCGCUGCUGGUGGGGGCCCUGCACAAACAGUAUGCGCAGGAGCUGCUCCCGGACAAGCUCCCGCCGCAGGACAACACCACCACCACCGACUCGGACAUGGAGGAGCCCUACCUGCAAGAGUCCAAAGAGGAGGGGAACCCCCCCAAGCUGAAGUGUGAGCUCUGCGGCCGCGUCGACUUCGCCUACAAGUUCAAGCGCUCCAAGCGCUUCUGCUCCAUGGCCUGUGCCAAGAGGUACAACGUGGGCUGCACCAAGAGGGUGGGUUUGUUCCACCCCGACCGCACCAAACUGCAGAAGCCGGGGGGGCCCCCCCACGGACGGCGCCGCAGCUGCAAAGGGCCCCUGCCCCCCCUGGGCAAGGACAGCAAGAAACAGCUCAACCACAGCCAGGAGGAUUCGAGCCGCUGCUCCGACAACUCGAGCUACGAGGAGCCGCUGUCGCCGAUCUCCGCCAGCUCCUCCACGUCCCGGCGCCGGCAGGGGGAGCGGGACCUGGAGCUGCGGGACAUGGAGCUGCCCGACGUGCACGGCCGGGACCUGCCCGGGCUCGGCCACCGCUUCCUGCCCAGCGAGCCCAGCAAGUGGAACGUGGAGGACGUGUACGAGUUCAUCCGCUCCCUGCCCG